CGCUGCCGCUCCGGGGCUGGAAGACAUGGCGGAGGGAGGCGCGGCGGAUCUGGAGACCCAACGCUCGGAUAUCGCGGCGCUGCUCAAGACGGCUCUCCGCAAGGGCGACACCUGGUAUUUAGUGGAUAGUCGUUGGUUCAAACAGUGGAAAAAAUAUGUUGGAUUUGACAGCUGGGACAAGUAUCAAAUGGGAGAUCAGAAUGUUUAUCCUGGUCCUAUUGAUAAUUCUGGACUUCUCAAAGAUGGGGAUUGUCAAUCUCUUAAAGAGCAUCUUAUUGAUGAGCUGGACUACAUUCUUUUACCAACUGAAGGAUGGAACAAACUGGUUAGCUGGUAUACUCUUCUGGAAGGUCAAGAACCUAUUGCACGCAAGGUAGUUGAACAGGGUAUGUUUGUCAAGCACUGCAAGGUAGAAGUUUAUUUGACAGAAUUGAAAUUAUGUGAAAAUGGAAAUAUGAACAAUAUAGUGACACGAAGAUUUAGUAAAGCUGAUACUAUAGAUACAAUUGAAAAAGAGAUAAGGAAAACCUUCAGUAUUCCAGAUGAAAAAGAAACAAGGUUGUGGAACAAAUAUAUGAGUAAUACCUUUGAACCUUUGAAUAAACCAGACAGUACCAUACAGGAUGCUGGCUUAUACCAGGGACAGGUAUUAGUGAUAGAACAAAAAAAUGAAGAUGGAACAUGGCCUAGAGGUCCUUCAGCUCCAAAGUAA